CGCUGAGGCAAAACUGACUCUAGAACCCGCCUCUUUGAAGGACGGAAGAAUGCGCCAAUCAUUAUGGUGUCUGGGUCCACGGCUGAGCCUAUCAGAAAAGAUUUAAAUAGAGGCUUAUAAAUAGGCCCUAUAAAUAUAACAUCCUAUAUUACGCCUUGUUGCGAAGGUAUGCUUUAUUAUUAUUGGGUUGCGUUUCAUUGUAUUGUAAUCCCUACUAGAGCAUACCGUACGGCAUGGCAUUGUAGGCUCUCGUCUAGCAAUGUAUGAAAUCGGAAGGACCGGGUUUGCGGCAUGUGCGGUGUCUGCGCUGACGUGCGCUUCAGCCAGUCGCGUCAUUAUGUAAGGGAGCAUCCCAGGAACAGCGCCGGGGACUCUUCUGCGGAUGCUGGAGAGCUCGGCCAGGCCGGCCGCGUCAGCGCGCACCGGGGGUACGAAUGACAAAGCAAACCCCACACGCACACAGACACACACCCUGCCAGCUUCCCGCGACGUGGUGACAGCCCGCCGGCCAAUCGGAGGUGGCGGCCCCGCCCCGGGUACGUCACGGGGCGGAGCUGUGGGGGCGCGCGACGUAGCGCAGAGAUGCCCGGGGCGUGUGCGGCUGUGUGGUCCGGGCUCCACGUCCACAGGCUGGGCAGCGCUGUGGGCCCCGCGGGCGCCGACUCCGCAGGACCCGCGAGGGCACUACCGCGAAGCAUCGGCCUCAGGGCCGGGCCGGGCCGGGCCGGGCCGGACCGGGAGCCUGCUCGGCGGGUCCGGGCUCCUCCAAGGCGGGGACGCGGGGCCGGCGACACUUCACGCUUCGUACUCAUUGAGCGCCGAUUUUAUGCCAGGCACCGUGCUGGUGGGCCAAGAUCUGACUGUGAUGGCGGCCCUUGGCUUGGGCUUCCUCACCUCGAAUUUGCAGAGACACACCUGGAGCAGUGUGGCCUUCAACCUCUUCAUGCUGGCGCUUGGUGUGCAGUGGGCAAUCCUGCUGGACGGCUUCCUGAGCCAGUUGUCUCCUGGGAAGGUGGUCAUCAACCUGUUCAGUAUUCGGCUGGCCACCAUGAGUGCUAUGUCGGUGCUGAUCUCAGUGGGUGCUGUCCUGGGAAAGGUCAACUUGGCGCAGUUGGUGGUGAUGGUGCUGGUGGAGCUGACAGUUUUUGGCACCAUGAGGAUGGUCAUCAGUAUUAUCUUCAAAACAGACUACCACAUGAACCUGAUGCACAUCCAUGUGUUCGCAGCCUAUUUUGGGCUGACUGUGGCCCGGUGCCUGCCAAAGCCUCUACCCCAGGGAACGAAGGAUAAAGAACAGAUAGCAACGAGACCCAGUUUGUCUGCCAUGCUGGGCACCCUCUUCUUGUGGAUGUUCUGGCCAAGUUUCAACUCUGCUCUGCUGAGAAGUCCAAUCGAAAGGAAGAAUGCUGUGUUCAACACCUACUAUGCUCUAGCAGUCAGCGCGGUGACAGCCAUGUCAGUGUCAUCCUUGGCUCACCCCCAAGGGAAGAUCAACAUGACUUAUAUGCACAAUGCGGUGUUGGCAGGAGGCGUGGCUGUGGGUAUCUCGUGUCACCUGAUCCGUUCUCCAUGGCUUGCCAUGGUGCUGGGUCUUGUGGCUGGGCUGAUCUCCAUCAGGGGAGCCAAGUGCCCGCCGGAGAUUCACGACAGCUACGGCGUGUACUACACCUUCGGCUUGCCGGGUCUGCUUGGAGAGAUCACCUACAUUGUGCUGGUGGUGCUUCGUACUGUCUGGGCCGACUAUUACAUGAUUGACUUCCAGGUCCUCCUCUGCAUUGGGGAACUCAGCUUGGCCAUGGCGAUGGCUGUCAUGUCUGGUCUCCUGACAGGUUUGCUCCUAAAUCUCAAGAUAUGGAAAGCACCUCAUGUGGCCAAAUAUUUUGAUGACCAAGCUUUCUGGGAGUUUCCUCAUUUGGCUGUUGGAUUUUAAGCAAAAGCAUCCAAGAAAAACAAGGCCUGUUCAAAAACAAGACAACUUCCUUUCACUGUUGCCUGCAUUUGUACGUGAGAAACGCUCAUGACAGCAAAGUCGCCUUAUGUAUAAUGAAACAAGGUCAGAGACAGAUUUGAUAUUAAAAAAAAAAAGACUAAAAACUUAGUUUAAGAGUCAAUUUAAUAAGUUUAAAAUAAAUGUUUAGUUUCAUAAGGAUGAUGCUAUCAAUAUUUUCUUGGUUACAGACACAUUAUUAAAAUUUUGGGUUAAUUUUAUUGACAAUUCUUAAGAUUCUUUCUCAUGCUUAAUAAAGCAUGCUACCCAGUUAACUCUUGUCUACAUCAGCAAAGCAGAUAAUACAAAACAGGAAAAUUACAAAUCACUGAUACUUAGUCCUUGUGGGAAUCAUGCUUUUAUCCCAGCAGUUUUACAAGGUGGCUGGCAUUCCCUGAGCAUAUUCGGAAUUGCACUGUGGGGAAAGAGGUUGUGCUCAGUUGUAGGGUGGGGGGAUGCACUGCCUGAGGAUUAAAAAACUAGUUCUAUGACUGUGAGGAAGUCGUUUAAAUUUCCAUGAUCUGUUCC